AAAUAUAUUCAGCACGAGGAUAUAAGAAGAAGAAUCUUCAAGUUUGGUGAUAUUUGAAGUUGUAUGCACCAAACUAGCAGAACAUCUUCGAAGACACCCUCCUUGGUUAUUAUUCUCGUUUUUUUCAUGAUUUAGUAUUACGUAUUUUUAAUAUUGUUAAAUUCAUCAUCCGCGAAAAAACAAUGGAUAAGAAGAAGCUCAUAGAAGAAACUCCUGUUCCUGGAGUCGCAAUUCGACGGCAACUGCUGAUACUUCUACCAGUUUUUGUCAAUGUAUUCAUGAUGGGAGUUACUGGUAGUUGGCCCUCGUAUGCUCUCUAUUUCUUCACCAAAACCAAAGACGUAUCUGCUACGAUGGCCGAAUGUGCACAAAUGGUUUCGAUGGCGGAAAUUGGACGAAUAAUAUCAGCUAUUCCGGGAGGAAUAUUGACUGAUAAGUAUGGACGAAAGAAGAUCAACAGGCUUACCGGAAUCAUACAUUUCACCGCUUGGGUUCUACUAUCCUGCAGUACGAAUAUAAUGUUGAUAUACAUAGCUAGAUUAUUGCUCGGGAUAGGAACCGCUCUGGUUAAUGCAACCGCAACCACCAACAUAGGCGAAGUGGCCUCUCCCCAAAUUCGAGGCUCCCUUAUUGGCAUCUAUUUGAUAUUCUUCUACUCUGGAGCCAUUUUUCAAGGAAUGACUUGCGCCAUCUGGUCAUCGUAUAAAAUUUUCACCUAUGGUAACACGACCAUUGCUGCUUUAUAUUUCGCGGUCACUUAUUGGGCCAUGGAGACACCGAAUUUCUUGCUGAGCGUUCCAAAAAAAGAGAAAGCUUUAGAGAACUUGAAAUAUAUACGGGCAGGAUAUUCCGAAGACGAUAUCAAUAUCGAGUAUCAAAAAAUGGACGAAUACAUUUCAGCCGAAAAAGAACAGAAGAAACAAUUAAACUGGGCUAAAUUUUUACGCUCGAAGCAAAUCAGAGGACCAUUGUUGAUCACGUUUGUGUUGAAUUUCUUGACUAUGAUGAGCGGUAUUAAUUUAGUCGGCUCGUACAACACUCUCAUCAUUCCAGACAACGAUUACAUCCCGAAAAAGUUCUACCCCCUGAUUAUGCAAUGUCUGCUUUUCAUACCGACCGUUCUUACGCCCUUUUACAUGGAUAUGUUUCCAAGAAAGACAUUGUAUAUUGUCGGAGCCGGAUUAACUGGCAUUAUACAGCUGAGCAAUGGAAUAUCUUACUACGUAUUCCGUCAAUACGAUACGUUAUUUUUCAAAUGGACUUUUAUAAUUGGUAAUUUAAUGUUGAACGCUGCUUACGGAAGUUUAUUAGGACCGACCAACAGUGCUAUCAAAUCGGAACUAUUUCCGCAAGCUGUGAAAGGCCUGGGUGGCUCGUUAAGUAUUAUAUCGCAAGCUACGGCGACUAUUUUAAGUUAUAAGUUAUAUCACAUAAUGGCAGCCAAAUAUUUACACUUUUUAUACGGAUUAUUCUCGAUAAGUUGUAUAAGUUUAGUUUGUUUCGUGUAUUUCGUGUUGCCAGAAGCCAGAGGAAAAUUAUUAUCCGAUUUACAAAUAGAUAAAGUCAAGAAGGUCAAGAAGCCUUCAACUGUGCAAGAUGAAUUCGAGAAACAUAAGUCUGAAAAUGUAUAAUAUGUAUAGGUGUAUCUUUAAGUGUAACCUCUAAGUUCUCGGAUAGUAUUAAAAAAUUGACGUAUAUGUUACUAUUAUCUAGUAUAUCAAUAUUAAGAUUUGGCAAUAAGAUAAGAGAGAAAUUGCUAUCUAGGCCAGCUCAGGCAAAACUUAAUCGAUUCCAAUGUCACCUUUUCAUAUUUUUUUUUUUUUUUGCUUCAAAAUUUUAAAAAUGGCCAACAAAUUCAUCUACUAGUUACCUUGUUAAUAACAUUUUUUUCAAACUUUUAAGAAGUGAAAUUUGUCUCAGUAAAACUUUGAACGUUUAUUCGUUUAAUGCCGACAAAAUAUUCGCAAAGCCUUUGUAUUUUUGUAAAAUUUGGUGGGGAUUUUAAAAAUGUAAUAUUAAUAUAUAUAUGUCAAUUUUAUUUUUAAUUACUAUUUUUUUUUUAAAUUUUUGUGAUGAGAUGUUAUUUUUGUAAAUUUUAUUGUUUUAAUACAGUCUAUUUCACGUGUUCAAA